AUACAUUGUAGCAAGCCGGGCGAACAAAACACAUGUGCGUGUGGGAACUCAGACAUUAUCUGCGUUAGACGAUAACAAAAACAAAGCGAAGCGACGGUGCUUGUUAGUUUCUUAGUCGUCAGUGACAGAGUUUUGUAUCUACACGCAUUUGUGUUCGUGUGGUGUGGUAAACACAAGCUGUGAAGAAAGUCAUCGCAUUUGAAUAUACUAUCUUGUGUUGUGGUGUCAAAAGUCGUAACUUUCACGUGACAGACUUACCUUGAAGAAGAGUCAGGACAAAUAAAACUCUUUUAACAAAGAUACAUAAAAAUUAAUUCCAAUAUAAUUUGUUUGCUGUGUGACAUAUUUUUUUCUCCUUUUCGGUGUUAUUUCGUGACACAAUUUACUGAGAGGACAUACAGCAAUACAAAUUUACGAAUUAAUACCGGAAAAAUUGUCCCAAAGAAGAUAAUAAUUAGUUUUCUUGACGCGACUGAACAUAUAAGACGUGCGUCAAUAUCAAUUUAUGCGGAAGUUCAUAUUUGUGGUCGUAAUAUCGAAUCUACAGAAAACGUCAGAAUACAGGAAAAACGUCACUAUUAGUGGGUUAACGAUAAUAAUAUCGGAUAAUUAUUAACGAACUUAUAAGAUCUGAAGAUUUAUAAGAUAAUUUACGAUAGUCCUAUAAUAUCACAAGAGUAAUAAUAUUAUGACUUUGGUUAUGGACAGACAUUUCAAUCCACCGCCCCCAAAUUUCGCUACCCAAACUCAAAAUCCAAACACAAACAGUAAUUUAGGGCACCUAUUCACACGGAUGUGCACUGCGGGCGCCUUAAUUCCCGGAGCACAGACGUGUCUACCUACAGCCGCUGCAAUCUCUCCGUCGCUUACAGCGUUCCAAUACGCAUUGCUACUCCAACAUCGCUACCAUAGCUAUGCCAACAAUGGACUGCUACACCAACACAAGACGGCAAUCUCGCAACAGCAACAUACACCAGGAGCUUGUUUCUCUGGCGUUUUUCGGCCCUCCGAAGAACUUAAUGAUACUGGGAGGGGCCGAAGGGACGAUCGAGGACUCAGCAGAGCCGAAAGAGAUACAGAUGGAGUCCUGGCAAGUCCUGAAGACAGGCUGGAUUCGGAGUCGACGUCAGGUCUGGAUGACGUCGUUGGCGGAGGGAAACGCCGUCGGUCGCGGACCAACUUCAACAGCUGGCAGUUGGAGGAACUGGAGCGGGCCUUCCUGGCGAGCCACUACCCGGAUGUGUUCAUGAGGGAGGCGCUCGCAAUGAGACUGGACCUCAAAGAGUCGCGGGUCGCGGUUUGGUUCCAGAACCGGCGCGCCAAGUGGCGGAAGAAGGAACACACGAAGAAAGGGCCAGGGCGCCCUGCGCACAACGCACACCCGCAGACGUGCAGCGGGGAGCCUAUCCCGGAGGAGGAGCUGAUGCGCAAGGAACGAGAGCGACGCGAGAAGAAACUCAUGAAGUCACUUGAGCGACAACAGCGCAAACUGGCAGCAAAGGGAAUCGCAGUCGACAUGGCUACCUUGCGGCGAGAGUGGGAAGCUAAACGAGAAAUGACGUCAACGUCAGCUGGUACUAGCGGAGUAGCUUCCGCUUCUGCUGAUGAUAGUGUUACUACCGGAAGUCCGGGUAGUCAACAUCGUCAAGCAAACAACGAUGAUGAUGAUGAUACAGAUAUAGAUGUUGAAGAUGAUUCAACAAUGGACAAAAAUAUUUGUCACGAAUCAGAAAAUAGAUGUCAAGACGAUAUUAAUGUUACAUCUGAUGAAGAAACUAAUUAUAACAAUAUAAAUUUCACGUCAACAAUGAAGACUAAUAAUGAACAAAGCCUAGCGACAGAACCAGGAUGUGAUGUAAUAACAUCUUAUAGUGACGACUCCAAGCAGAUAUCAGAGGAACUAGCGAUAUCUGGAGAGAGAAUAUCACCAUCUCGAAUAUCCAGGCCUUCCACAGCAAAGAGACCGAACCCAUUUAGCAUAGAAAGUCUUCUCUCUCACGCGGAGGAAUACACGGACUAAUUUUUGUGUCGAUUAUGAAAUUAUUUUAUUGCAUUUUCGUAAUAUUUAUGGAACCUUUCAGUUAUUUUUUUUAUAAUAACUGCAUUAUUACACCAACAUGAACUUGUUGAAAAUUCUGUUUCAGAAAGGAUGUCGCUCUUAAAAUAUAUUGCUCUAAGUUAGAAAAGAAUAAAACAGAUAUUCUAUUAAAAUUCUAGAAUGUUACAAGUACAGAUACCAUAAAAUCACACAGAAUACAUGAAAUUCAUUUCCUGGCCAAACAAAACUUGAAUGUUUAUCAUAUUCACACAAGAAAUAUCCACAACACACUACUGAAGUUGCUAAGAUACCACUGAGACCUGUUUCUUGGUAAUAUUCGUUCAUGGGACUUUCUUUUCUUCCUUUUAUAUUUCGCUAGUGUUACGCCACUAUUUCUACGUAACACAUGCAUUGCGAUAUGCAUUGAUUCUCAUUCUACGGUAUCUGUCAGUGCGCAAGCGCAGUGGCGUAACAACGAUGGUGUGCGCAAACACGUUACUUUGUGGCUUCACGUUUUUUCGUUCUACGCAUGCGUUG